CUUAUCACAUGUUUUGCUUUUAACGGUGUUUAUUUCCGCUAAUUUUCAGCUAUCAACUCACAGUUUUUGCCCGGAUCCUCUUCUAAGAAAGUCUCUGUGUCAUAGAUUUGUACUCUAAUAUUAUGGGCAAGAAGUAAUCAAGUUGUAGUGAAUCGAGUUUGUUCCGUUGUUGAUUGAGUCUCAGCCAACUUGCACUGUCAGCUAUUUUAUGAGGUAGUCAAAAUGCCAAAGAAGUCAAUACCAAGCGAGCCAAGACCACUUGGAGAUUUGCGGACUAAGAUUUGGAUGAGUCUGAAGGAAUUAGAAACACCAAGUGCAUUUGCCUACAGUGCCAGCAGCUCCUCUCUGCCCAAUCCAUGCCUGUGUCUCAAGCGUAGCGGUGUUGUAGGACUACCACUUUCUGCUGGUGAGGCUCAAAAAAUAAUUUCUCAGGCUAGCCAAUCCCCAUUUGGCAAAGGAGAAGAUACCAUUGUUGAUACUAGCAUCCGCAAAAGCUGGGAACUCAACCCGAACCAAUUUACGCUUCAAAAUCCAGAGUGGAAAAAAGCAAUUAAAUCGAUCUUAGAUGAUGUCACUGUAGGAUUAGGUAUCAAAAAAGGAUCAGGGAGGGUCUCAGCUAAAAUCCACAAACUUCUUUUGUAUGAGCCUGGAGCUUUUUUCAAGCCACACACAGACAGUGAAAAGAUGCCUGGCAUGUUUGGAACGCUCGUCAUCUGCCUACCUUCUCCGCAUGAGGGUGGGAAGGUAAUACUGACACACGGAGAUGAUAAGUAUGAGUUUGAAACAGCCAAGUCUUCGAAUAUCAGUAUAAGCUAUGCAGCAUGGUAUGCAGACAUUACUCACGAAGUCACUCCGGUAACCUCGGGGUACCGUCUCAUGCUGACGUACAAUCUAAGUCGCCAAAGUGGUUUUGAGGUACCAUCAUAUGAGUUAAUCUGUGGGCGCAUGCAAGCACUUUCGAAGCUCCUCGAAGAGUAUGAGUCACGCCUUGAGGGAGGAGAUAACACCUUACCGCCCCUCUUGGUGCAUAGAUUUAAGCAUAAAUACACAGAGGCUAAUUUUCAACUUGAGUCUCUCAAACCACAAGAUCUUGCACAAGUUCAAACACUUACCCAGCUAUCAACCAAACUUGGGUUCGAUAUUUAUCUUGCAACUUUAGAACUCAAAAUUGAGUUCGACAAAGAAAAUCCCGGCUAUUAUGAGCGCAAGCACAGAUUUAAAAAAAUAAUUAACAUGGAUAGCAAGCUUAUUGCAGAGAAAUUCGCUUAUCCAAAGGGUGGAUUGAUUGACCCGACACCCCAGGAUGCUGCUAAAGCGGAUGAUAAGUAUACUACCGGCCACACAGGGAACGAAGGCUGUCUAGUCAUUAAUUGGUAUAGAGAUGCAGUUGCAAUCCUUGUACCGCCUUCAAAACAAGCACACUUUGUGUUUGAAUUUGGUUUUGAAGGAAAAGUUAUUGAACCACUGUUCUGCAAACUCAUGCAAGAAUUCUCGAAGGAUCCAAAUAAACAACCAAAGUUGGUACAACUUUGUGAGCUUGCGUUGAAACAAAAACCCAAAGAACGCUACUACGGCUAUGACUUAUCUAAGGAGCCCAUUCCACCCUAUUUCCAACAAGCAGCCGCGGCCGUUUUAGAUUUAGGUCGCAUUGAUCUCUUUGAUGUAGCAUGUAAAUCGAGAGGUGAUAAAGUGAUGCUUGACAAUGCUCGUGCGUUGGGUCGCUGGGCUGCAAAGGAAGGUGUUGCUGCCAUGCGUGAUCGACUGACAAAAGGCGUGCAAGCAGCUUCCUCUAUUGCUGAAAAGUUGGCAUUUUUGGAAUCGAUUGCUGAAGGCUUUGUAACAGCUUUGCAAGAAUCUAGUUCUGCUGAAGAUACAAUGACUGAAGAAUAUAAGCUUCUGAGGGAAUCUAGCUUAAAGCAAUGGUCCGAUGAAGUAAUUUUCACAGCUAUCGCUGAACUGAAGACUGUUACGAAAGCAGAUGCAGCGUCCAUGGCACAAGUGUGUAAAACUGUGGACUGGAAUCUGUUUGUGUCAAAAGUAACACCAGUCAUUUUAAAUGCAGCUACGAUGCUCAAGAUAUCAUUCAUCAAUGAGUUAAUGGCAAACCUACAGCAGGAACGCAAUAAAGAACAACAAUCAUUUAUUGAAAUGAUCAUUCACAAAAUUUGGAAUGCAUUUGUCUUUAAUCUGAAGCAAGAAGGGUCAGCUUCAUUUGCUAGUCGUGAGCAGAAAGCAGAAGAUCUAAAUGCAAAUGACCUGCGUAGCAUUGUUGAGAAUACCCUAGAAAUUUUAUCUCCCAAAUCUCUCGAGACAAUUGUCAUUCCUGCUAUGCUUAGUGCUGUCCCCAAUGCUUCAAAAGAGUGCUCAAAGGAUGUCUUUAUCCCCUUCAUAGGAAUGAUAAUAAAAAAUGAAGUAGGAUGCUUCAGGUUACCAGCUAAUGAUGAGACUCCUCCAAUGUUGCACAAAAGUCUCGUUCAGUCUUUUCUCUUGAAAUAUCUGAAGGAAAAUGUCGGCUUGGAACCUGAAGCUCCUGUAAAUUGGUCUCUUCCUCCUGUUGAAAGGGGCUGGUAUGGACCUUGCAGAUGUGGGGACUGCAGAAAAGUCAACCAAUUCUUACAAGAUCCAGUACAAAAAGUUCUUGAUAUUCCAUGCGGAAAGGAUCGGCGCCGGCAUCUUUAUGAAGCGUUUGAAGACUGCAUGUGGCACAACUAUGAAUGUGAAACGAUUCGGAAUAGUAAUCCAUGUGUCUGGCGAAUCACAAAGAAUCAGUGUAUAUACGAAAGAAACAAAGCUAAAUGGUCUGAAAAUACCGAAGCUGCUGUGCAAACUCUGUCUGAUUUGAAAAAGGAGGAGCCAGUUAAUGGUAGACUGGAGUCAUAUUUGCAGCCUCAUUACAGUAGUUUCAUGAACGCCAAUCUUAAAGAGCUCCCAGACUUGGAAUCCUUCGUUGCAACCUCACAAUCAUCGCAGACCAAUAAAAACGUGACUCCUGCUCACAAUGUAUCUGCUCCGCCCAAUCAAACUGUUCAGAUCGUUCAGAAGAGAGGAACAGCUUCUUUGCGUGUAACUCCACAGUCAUCGCAGACCAAUAUAAAUGUAACUCCUGCUCAGAAUGUAUCUGCGUUGCCCAAUCAAACUGUUCAGAAAAAAGCAGCGACAUUUUUGGGUGCAACUCCACAGUCAUUGCAGACCAGCAAAACUGUAGCUCCUGCUCAUAGUGCAGCUGCACUAACCAAUCAAACUGUUCAGAUCGUUCAGAAAAGAGGAACGACAUUUUUGGAUGCGACUUCAAAGUCAUUGCAGACCAAUAAAAAUGUAGUUCCUGCUCACAAUGUAUCUGUGAUGCCCAAUCUAACUGAGAAAAGAGGAGGAUUUUUGGGUGCAACUCCAAUUUCAUGGCAGAUGAAUAAAAAUGUAGCUCUUGCUCACAAUGUAUCUAUGUUGCCCAAUCAAACGGUUCAGAAAAGAGGAGGAUUUUUGGGUGCAAUUUCACAGUCAUUUCAGACCAACAAAAAUCUAGCUUCUGCUCCUAAUGCACCUGCAAUAACCAAUCAAACUAUUCAGAAAAAAGGAACAACAUUUAUGGGCGCAACUGCAAAGUCAUUGCAGACCAACAAAACUGUAGUUCCUGCUUACAAUGUAUCUGCGCAGCCCAAUCGAACUGUUCUGAUUGUUCAGAAAAAAGGAACGAAAUUUUUGAGCGCAACUUCAGAGUCAUUGCAGAACAACAAAACUGUAGUUCCUGCUCACAAUGUAUCUGCUCUGCCCAAUCAAACUGUUCAAAUUGUUCAGAAGAAAGAAGCAGCUUCUUUGAGUGCAACUCCACAGUCAUCGCAGACCACUAUAAAUGUAGCUCCUGCGCACAAUGUAUCUGUGCAGCCUAAUCAAACUGUUCAGAUUGUUCAGAAGAAAGGAACAACAUUUCUGGGCGCAACUUCAAAGUCAUCGCAGACCAAUAAAACUGUAGUUCCUGCUCACAAUGUAUCUGCGCAGCCCAAUCAAACUGUUCAAAUCGUCCAGAAGAAAGGAAUGGCAACUUUGCUUGCAACUUCAGUGUCAUCACAGACCAAUAAAAAUGCAGCUCCUGCUCACAAUUUAUCUGCUCUGCCCAAUCAGAAUGUCCAGAUUUUUCAGAAAAGCGGAGUGGGAUCUUUAGUUGCAGUUCCGCAGUUAUCACAUACCAAUGAAAAUGUAGCCGCUGCUCACGAUGGAUCUGUGCCGCUCAAUCAAACUAUUCAGAUUGUUCAAAACAGUGAAGCAAACCAGAGCAAUGUUGCACAGGUUCAGAAUUUAAUUUUAUUGCCUAAUCAGGCUGUUCAGAUUGGCCCGAACAUAUUUUUACUGCCUAAUCAGAAUGUCCAGGUUGGUCAGAAAAGAGGAGCAAGCCAGGUUGUCAUUUUACCAGCUAAACGAAAAAGUUAAUCUUGAUUGCUUACGAGAAAGAGGUCAAAAAUGGAUUUUUUCUUUAAACUGACCCUUAAGGAUAACUGAAGCCAGCACUUUUUUAAGUUUUCCUUGCUGAUAAUUUUUCAAUUAAUAAGUUCUCAUUGACAAUGUCUGUUUCCGACCGAUAAAAACAUUAAGCUAAGAUAGUCAUGCAUUUCAGUGAUACAAAGUCACUUUUUAGUAUCUUUAUUUUGAAAGGCUAAGGAGAAAUUUUAUCUGCCGUGGCCUUUAAAUUCUAGGUUGAUGCUUACCCUCUAGAAUGUAAGGAAUCUGUCCAUUAUAUAUGACUUAAAUAUUUGCUCAUUUUAUUUUUUAUUAAUAUUGUUUAAUUUUUGUUAGUUUCUUUGAAAUUACCUUGUAAAUUAAAGUGCUUUUUUUUGUGCAGCCGAUGAUGUCAAGGGCCUCACACAAUUUUGAUCCUUUUUCAAAACUCAAAUUAUGAGUAAAAUGUGUUUAAUGACUGCAUUCAUUACUUGUGAAUAUUCCAAUUUUGUGUUCCUUUUGCGCAGCGUGAUUACAUCCUCAAUUUUGUCACUCAUCCAAUUUUAGUUUUUGACACAGUAACUUCUAAAAAGUUUUAUUUUCAUAACUUCCUCCAAAUGAGUAAAAUUUACUUGAGUCUCCCAAGUUCUUGUGAUCUUUAUAUAACUUGACAUUUUCUCACUUGUAUUUUAAUUUUUUCUACAAUUUUAAGUUCAAAAUCACCUGUUAUUGUGUUUUUGGAAAAAAGUAUUCUCAUUUUUCAAAAUAACCAAUUGAAGAACAAACCUAGAACUUUUUAAACUUGUACCUCAAAAUACAAGUCAUUCCAUAAGCUCUUUAAUGUUUAAAUGAACAUUAUAUGUACCCAUUUCGGAAGUUUCUCUCAAGUCCGCAAAGUGUGGAGUAUUUUCGUUUGCUGAACGGUAAUCUCAAUUUUUUUGAUAAAACCACUUUUUUUCAAUUUUCACUUUUUUUGGAGCUUCUGUAAUUUUUGCUCUUAUUUCUGUAAAUUUUUAAAUUUCCUUACUUCAGUGGGUACAGAAGUAAAGAUGAUAUGAGAUUACAACUACAAUUGUUCAACACUUUCAGGAUUUAAUUUCCUUCAUAAUGUCAAAUGAAAGUAGAUUUGAUGCAGAAUGUUUAAUUUUAAUUAUUAUGUUAUGUUUUUUUUCGUACCCUUCACAAGUGCCUCAUUAGUUUUUAAGUUACUUUUUGAUACCUGAUAUUUAUUACAUUAAUGCACAUAACAUAUUUUCAAAAAGUUUGCCCAGAAUCGUAAUGAUGAGAAAUGGUUACCAUUCCUCAUUAUUUCUGCUUACAUACUCCUUUAAUUAGAUAAGUUUACUUUUGGAGUAAUUAUAAUAUUGAUCUCUGGUUGAGUAACUGUGUUAAUGUUUCGUUCAAUAUUUUAUUUUUAUAUUAUUUUAGUUUUAAUCUCUCUAUGAAAGAUGCAUGUUACCUAUCCGGAAUUAAACUUACCCUCAUGUUCUGUUCUAAA